ACCAUAAAUAUUGGAUGCCAACCGCUGUAAAGAAGAAGUAUACGGAAGUGAACAACAGUGACAAUGAACAAUUUCUACGUUCGCGUUUUUAUUGUUGUUAUUUAGACGUUUAACACCCUGGAUUUAAAAAUAUGACUAAAGUAACUGCACAGCAUCACAUACUCACCCUAUAAAGUGUAUAAUUCGUGUUGGAGACUACUUAGUUGAUAGAUGUUAUCUAGGUAACGCUAGCUGCUAACAAUGGCUAACUGUUUGGUGUUUCACACUCAAAUAGCCUCUAUAAUGGAGGUGCUAGCGAAUGCAGCCGUUGCAGAGAUCUGUAAACUCGUAGACGACGACUAUGCAGUGUUUCGAUUGGAAAUAACUCAAAGCCAGAAAGAAAACAGGGCAUUGCGGAGAAAACUACUGGAACUGAAGGUGGCAAGGGAGCGCGCUGAGAGGACAAUGCCAGAGCGCGUCCUCGCCAUUCGUCCCAGUAGUGUCAAGAUCCUCGACCGAUACAGAGGAAUGACAAGAGGUGAAGGACAUCGCACUGGAGGCUACAGAAGCUUUGUAAAGCCUAUUGGACACCAUACAUGGAGAGAUGACCAACCAAUCACUGUUGAUGAGGGGAGUGGAACCUCAACCCAGCACGUUAUCAUACCAGAGUCUGCAGAUGCAGAGGCUGCAGGUCCGGGGGUCAAGCUGGAGAGGUCUGAAGGAGAGGAGGACCCAAGACACAGCAGAGACAUCCAGACUGGAGCGGCUGGAGUGCCCCCUGUAGCUAUGGAGGACCCCACCACCGCCCCAGCGCAGGCCAGGACCCGAUGCAGCAUCACGGAGGAGGAGGAGGGUCCAGAGGUGCUGCUGGUGAAGGAGGAGGGUCUGGGGAACCCUGAGGAGAACAUGGUCAUGGAGGACAACCAGACUACACCUCCUCCUGAACCCACAGUGGAACCAGCUGAGCAGCACAGGACCACACACAGUCUCACUGAGUCAGUAGACAUGGAGGAUGGGAAGCCUGAUCUGCUGCUGGUCAAAGAGGAGACAGUAGAAGACGGACCAGAGAGCAUUGAUCUGCUGAGUGGACUAAAGAUGGGGGAGCAAGGUGGUUGGCUGGAGGGUAACAGAGGAGACUGGCCGACCAUUUUGGAUUCCCAGACCCAGACCGGUGCAGCCAAGGGCGCAGGGGACAACAUCACUGAGCAGGCCAGGGCCAGAGGUGACAUAGUGGAGGUCAGUGGAUGGGACAGCGUCCUCAACUCUGGACUGGGGAACAACACUUUUAACCACUACCAGAAACAGACAAUCGAACACAAAACAACAUCCAAAUUUAGUCUCCAUGACAACAGACUGGCUGAGACCAGGGCUAGGCAUAGAUUUGGUCCAUGGGGACUGGGAGGUAUCCAUAUGAGGCGGGAGAGAACAGACACAAACUCUGCUAGCGAUACUCCAUCCUGCUCCUAUAAUUGUGAUUCAGAGACACCUUUGGCGCCUCAGGUUAACCCCCUAACAGGUGCUGCCUUCAGCCUGCCUUCUAUAGGAUCUAUCAACUGGAACAUGGACCCUGCGACAACACAGACACUCCCUGGCCUUCGUCCUUCUCACGCUCUCCUAAUGUUAAACCAGACCUCAGACAAUGCCAGUGCUUCAACUUUAAAUGGCUACACAAGCCCAUUGACAAAUGACAGUAGUAGUGAUGCUAUCAGUAGAUCCGGUGGCAAAGAGAAGCGCUUCCUGUGUUCAUUCUGUGGGAAAGCCUUCCGUUUUUGCAAACAGGUGGAGAUCCACCAAAGGAUGCACACGGGGGAGAAACCAUUCGGCUGCCACCUGUGCCAGGCCAGUUUUUCACAAUCGUCCAGCCUGAAGAGGCACCAGAGAGUCCACACAGGGGAGAAACCCUACAGCUGCCCCCAGUGCGAGAAGAGGUUCUCCCGCCAGCACCAGCUGAAGAUGCACCUGAAGGUCCACACGGGAGAAAGGCCAUUCGACUGUACUCACUGUGGGAAGAGGUUCUCAGAGAGGAGAUACCUCAAGAUGCACCAGCAGAAAAACCAUUCCACUAUAACAUAGGAAGUAACCAUUCCACUCGAUAGCUUCUGAUGCUAAGAUCAACCCCUGCAUUAAAGGUAGACGCAGCAAGAUGACAUAGAUGCAUAAAAUAAGCAGCAGUUGUGGGUCAAUCGUUGAAGUGCAAGGCCCAGACAUUGUGUGAUAUACAGUUGAAGUCGGAAGCUUACAUACACCUUAGCCAAAUACAUUUAAACUCAGUUUUUCACAAUUCCUGACAUUUAAUCCUAGUAAAAUUCCCUGUCUUAGGUCAGUUAGGAUCAUCUAUUUAUUAUAAGAAUGUGAAAUGUCAGAAUAAUAGUAGAGAGAAUUGUUUAUUUCAGCUUUUAUUUAUUUCAUAAAUUCUGAUGGCCACUCCCAUACCUUGACUUUCAUUGUCCAUUUGCGAUCAAUCUUUAACUUCCUGACUGAUGUCUUGAGAUGUUGCUUCAACAUAUCCACAUAUUUCCGUCCUCAUGAUGCCAUCUAUUUUGUGAAGUGCACCAGUCCCUCCUGCAGCAAAGCACCCCCACAAGAUGAUGCUGCCACCCCCGUACUUCACGGUUUGGAUGGUGUUCUUCAGCUUGCAAGCAACCCCCUUUUUCCUCCAAACAUAACGAUGGUCAUUAUGGCCAAACAGUUAUAUUUUUGUUUCAUCAGACCAGAGGACAUUUCUCCAAAAAGUACGAUCUUUGUCCCCAUGUGCAGUUGCAAACCGUAGUCUGGCUUUUUUAUGGCGGUUUUGGAGCAGUGGCUUCUUCCUUGCUGAGCGGCCUUUCAGGUUAUGUCGAUAUAGGACUCGUUUUACUGUGGAUAUAGAUACUUUUGUACCUGUUUUCUCCAGCAUCUUCACAAGGUCCUUUGCUGUUGUUCUGGGAUUCAUUUGCACUUUUCACACCAAAGUAUGCUCAUCUCUAGGAGACAGAACGGGUCUCCUUCCUGAGCGGCUGCGUGGUCCCAUGGUGUUUAUACUUGCAUACUAUUGUUUGUACAGAUGAACGUGGUACCUUCAGGCGUUUGGAAAUUUCUCCCAAGGAUGAACCAGACUUGUGGAGGUCUUUUUUUUCUGUGGUCUUGGCUGAUUUCUUUUGAUUUUCCCAUGAUGUCAAGCAAAGAGGCACUGAGUUUGAAGGUAGGCCUUGAAAUACAUCCACAGUUACACCUCCAAUUGACUCGGAUUAUGUCAAUUAGCAUAUCAGAAGCUUCUAAAGCCAUGACAUCUUUUUCUGGAAUUUUCCAAGCUGUUUAAAGGCACAGUCAACUUGGUGUAUGUAAACUUCUGACCCACUGUAAUUGUGAUACAGUGAAUCUGUCUGUAAACAAUUGUUGGAAGAAAUACAUGUGUCAUGCACGAAGUAGAUGUCCUAACCGACUUGCCAAAACUUUAGUUUGCUAACAAGAAAUUUGUGGAGUGGUUGAAAAAUGUGUUUUAAUGACUCCAACCUAAGUGUAUGUAAACUUCCGACUCCAACUGUAUAAGACAUAUAAUACAAUAUUGUGUUACAGCCUGAAUUUAAAAUGUAUUACAUUUAUAUUUUUGUCACUGGGCUAUACAAUACCCCAUAAUCUCAAAGUGGAAUUGUAUUUUUCAAAAGUUUUACAAAUGAAUUACAAAUGAAUAGCUGAAAUGUAUUGAGUCAAUAAGUAUUCAACCCAUUUCUUAUGGCAAGCCUAAAUAAGUUCAGGACUACAAAUGUGUUUAAGUCACAUAAUAAGUUGCAUGGACUUUGGUGCAAUAAUACUGUUUAACUUGAUUUGUGAAUGACUACCUCAUCGCUUUACCCCACACAUAAAAUUAUCCCUCAGUCAAGCAGUGAAUUUCAGACACCGAUUAAACCACAAAGACCAGGGAGGUUUUUCAAUGCCUCGCAAAGAAGUGCACCUAUUGGUAGAUGGGUAAAAAUAUAAAUAUCAGACAUAGAAAAUCCCUUUCGUUACACUUUGGAUGGUGUAUCAAUACACCCUGUCACAACAAAGAUACAAGCGGCCUUCCUAACUCAGUUGCUGGAGAGGAAGGAAACCGCUCAGGGAUUUCACCAUGAGGCCAAUAGUGACUUUAAAACGGUUACAGAGAAUAAUGGCUGUGAUAGAAGAACACUGACACAACAACAUUGUAGUUACUCCACAAUACUAACCUAAUUAAUAGAGUGAAAAGAAGGAAGCCUGUACAGAAUAAACAUAUUCCAAACACACAUUCUGUUUGCAGCAAGGCACUAAAGUAAUACUGCAAGAAAUGUGGAAAAGCAAUUCACUUUUUGCCCUGAAUAAAUACACUGCUCAAAAAAAUAAAGGGAACACUUAA